CAAUAUCUGAAACAGAAUUGAUACUCAGCGAAAGCAUAUGUUGUUGCAUUUUGUUGCUGUUACGUAAAAAGUCGAACUCUGGUUAGAGGCGUUAAAACUGAACUAAUUAUGAACCAAGAUUCUGAAACGUUCCGUGGCCUUAUGUUGUAUAUUGCAAAUGAACUAACAUUGGCUGAUAGGGUAGACCUAGCAUAUUAUUUUAAAAUCCCAGCAGGAAAAAGAAAAGCUUUAUGUGAAAUACCGUCUGGGCUCUUCGAAGAACUUGAAAGACGUGGACAUAUCGGACCUGGGAAUCUUGAAUUCCUUCAGAAAUCGCUGAAAAAAAUCUGGCGACAAGAUUUAGCUUGUGAAGUCGAAAACUUUGAUAGCUCUCGCAAGUCUCGCCUCAGAUCGAAAAGUGUGAACUACGUUGAAAGUUCUGGCUAUCGUUUGGGUAUAGAUGGAGGGGAACAUUUGGUAAAUGACGAGGGAGACGACUACGUGCACUUACAAAGCGGACAAAGUUAUGAAUUAGUCCUUAACAACUUCAACAGUCAUAGAUGUAAAUGCAAAGUAAAAAUAGACGGACGUGUCAUUUUUCCAGGAUUAGUUAUAGAGGCAGGAGAUGAAUUUACGUUGGAUCGACCAAGCAACACUGACGGACAGUUUAAAUUUUUCGCCGUUAGGGAUGCCCCACCAGACUCUGGCAUCGACCAAAGAAAUAUUGAAGAAAAUGGCUGUAUUCAAGUGACUUUUACACCAGAAGUUGCCAAAAUGAAAAUAACCUGCUAUACUGGGGAAAGCGAAGUCCGCUUGGCGACAUGCUCUUUGACCAUGACCGACAUUGAAUUUCAUCAGUCUAUUUCGUCUCUGUUCAGUUGCGAUGCAGCAACCGUUCUAAUUAAUGGUUGGAAACCACUUAAUAAACUAAACAAGAAGCUAGUGGAUUAUGGUAUUAAGGAUGGGUCCCGCGUUAUCAUAAAGUUCGGACUCGUUGGAGGAGGAACUGCACCAAACGACGCUAAGGCCGAACGUAGCGAGAACAAUUCAUCUGCACCAAUAGAAUGGAUACCAGGUGCUACGACAAUGCAAGGGCAAAGCGAACAGACAUUUGAGGAUGUUUUGGAUUUCGUUCCGAACAGUGAGACAAGGGAAGUAGCUCUACACCUGAGGCUCGUAGCAAGGGCAGAUGAAACCCCAAUUCGAUCAAAUGGAAAAUGCACUCCUUUUAUCCUAGGAAAUCGUCAUGCACCUCCUGUGUAACAAACUGUUCAUCAUUUAAAGACACGGAAUAAGGGGUAUGGUGAAAUGAUGUUAUUUUGACAAUUAAUUUGUACAUGUUUUGUUAAUUGCAUGUUUCCAUCUAGCCUAGUUCUUGGCCUAUUGCUUCUCGAAUGCUAAACAAUUUUUUUGAAGGGGGGGCAGUAAAAAGGAACUUAACACAGAUGCGGUAGACUUGAGUCUUGGGAGUUCAACCGCCCAGCUUGACUUUCUGCAGUUGCAGACAAAUUCUUGAAUUGGCUUGGAGUGCACUGGGUUUCCCAGGGGGGGGGGGAGAUUACCCCGGGGCCCCAGUUAAAGGGCCCCCAAAAUUGGCAAAGGGCCCCCCAAAAUUUGUGAAAGGGGCCCCAAAAGGUGUAAUUAAAAACAAUUUUUAUAAUAGUAAUGUUUGAGAAAAAUUUUUUGCCCUAAUUUUACUGGUUAAAUUUUUAGCCCUUAAUUUUAUCCCUUAAUUUUACCCCUUUUUUAGCCCUUAAUUUUACCCCUUUUAAUUUUACCCCUUUUAAUUUUGCCCUUUUAAUUUUACCCCCUUUUUAGCCCUUAAUUUUACCCCUGAUUUUACAGGUAUUUGUCCGGAAAAUUUUUUUGAACCUUAAUACUGGUGUUUGUGCGGAAGAAAUAUUUUGAACCUUUCUUUGGCCAACAUUUUUUGGGAAAAAUAGGGGCCCCGAAUUAAAAAUUUGCCCCGGGCCCCCGAAUUUCUCUGUGAGGCCCUGGGGAUGCAAGAUUGAUAUAGGUGUUAAGAGUAUUUUAAGUUCGCUUGGCAAGAACUAUAGGCUAGUUUCUGUAUUCAUUUUAUGUGAUUUACUUAAAAUUUAAUUCAUUUAUUCAGUAUUAUUAGAGGGACUUCGGCCUUUCACCUCUGAGAUCAUGAGUUAGUUGUGUUCAUCAUGUGAAAAGAGUCGGUCAACGCUCCGCCGAAGUCGUGGGUUUUCCCCUGGUGCUCCGGUUUCCUCCCACAUAGAAAGUUGACAGGGUGGGUAAGAUUUAAUAUAGAAGAAAAUAGUCAUAUAAUCCGUAAUUUAUGAGUUAUGUUGCAACUUCUAUGUGACUCUCUCUAAGCUCAGGAGUUGUUCACACAAUCUCGCUUUGCCGGGGCGAGAUGUGAGGCGGGAAUCGCGGGAUUAUUUUGUUGUAUUGAAAUAGGUCACGCGGUGCACAAUUCAGCAAAAAUAAUUUUUUUCUCUAUUGAUAGUCUAGUAUAGUAUAUAAUUCGUGAUUCGGUUAUAGUGGUAUCACACUAUCAGUGAUAUUCAAGAUGGCUUAUUUUUUAUCCUGACCCAUGCAAGAACCGUAAAAAAAAAGCUAGGGUCAGGUGUGCGAUAGCCAACAGCAAAAUGUUCGCGAAAACAUUCAAUAUUUUCAUUCGAGGCCGCUAUCUUUAUCAGUGAUACCACUAUAACCACAAUGCAAAGCGCUACGAAAACGUAAUAAAGGGAAUCGCGAAUUGCAAACGAAAGGUUGUUCAAGCAGCAAUAAUAAUCUUCUUGAACCACAAGAUAUUCUCGAUAACAUUCGAGUUCUUUUAACUUGCGUUUGAACGUUUAAGCCUAGUGAUUUAUUACAAUACAUCAAAAUCAUGAUCCCGCUUUCCAUACCGUCACGGCAAACUGGGAUCUUAAGCCUGGCGCAGGGGUGGAAAAAGUAUCGGAACCUGGGAACCUAGUUCCCAGAAAUUUUUUUGAAUUGAGAGUUUUGCAGAAAAUUUUCCAGAAAAAUUUCAACAUUUUGAGAUAACUCUGUUUACUCAACUUACAAGUUACAACUAUUGUACUUUAUUUACACUGUACCCACCCCACCCUAAAUAUAUGCUCUGCAAAGUCUCCAAUAAAAUGCAAAUUAAAUAGUAAAACAAAUAAAAGUGAUGGAAUAAAUAAGAUUAUAGGACACUUAGUUAAGCGUUAGAUCCUUACUAUGGUGUUUGUGAUGUUAUUCUGAGUGUGUAUCCACACCGGGCAUUUUUCAAAAAUAUGCCUGGCCACGGUAGGAAUCGAACCUACGACCUUUGGAAUACUAGCCCAAUGCUCUGCCAGCUGAGCUUCGUGGUCAGGUCGGUUCGAGUAUGUGAUAUUUCGGAACUGAGUUUAGUUCUUUUUUUUCUGUGCUGGUGUUGUGUACUCAGGUGAAUAAGAUGCUUGUGAUGUUACUCUGAGUGUAUAUCCACACCGGGCGAGCUUAAAAAAUAUGCCCGGCCACGGUGGGAUUCGAACCUACGACCUUUGGAAUACUAGCCCAAUGCUCUUCCAACUGAGCUACGCGGUCAGGACGGUUCGAGUAAGUGAUAUUUCGGAACAGUAUCUAGUUCCUUCAAUACCAAUGUGUUCUUGUAAUAUGAAUUUUUUCUGUGCUGGUGUUGUGUACUCAGGUGAAUAAUAUGCUUGUGAUGUUACUAUGUUUGGCAGAGCAUUGGGCUAGUAUUCCAAAGGUCGUAGGUUCGAAUCCCACCGUGGCCGGGCAUAUUUUUCAAGCUCGCCCGGUGUGGAUAUGCACUCAGAGUAACAUCACAAGCAUAUGAGUUUAGUUCCUUCGACAUCAAUGUAAUCUAAAAAUCAUGAUUUUUUGUGUUGGUGUUGUGUACCCAGGUGAAUAUGAUGUUUGUGAUGUUACUCUGAGUGUGUAUCCACACCGGGCAAGCUUAAAAAAUAUGCCUGGCCAUGGUGGGAAUCGAACCUAUACGACCUUUGGAAUACUAGAUAAAUCACAUUGAUGUCAAAGGAACUAAACUCAGUUCCGAAAUAUCACAUACUCGAACCGACCUGACCGCGUAGCUCAGUUGGCAGAACAUUGGGCUAGUAAUCCAAAUGUCGUAGGUUCGAUUCCCAUCGUGGCCAGGCAUAUUUUUCAAGUUUGCCCGGUGUGGAUAUACACUUAUAAGUAAUAGCAUAGAAAGAGGCGAAUUAGCUAUUAAAACGUCCCGCCCGAUGAGGGUCGUUUAGUAAAAUUCCUUUGGGCGCCGCUCGAUGAGGGUCAUUUAGUAAAAUUCCCGAGGGCCGAAGGCCCGAGGGAAUUUUACUAAAUGACCCGAAUCGAGCGGCGCUCAAGGGAAUUUUACUAAACGACCCUCAUCGGGCGGGACGUUUUCAAUAGCUAAUUCGCCUCUUUCUAUGCUAUUACCUUGUAAUAUCAUGAUUGCGGGUAUUCCCGUUGCUCUCGCAGGGCCAUUAAAAACCAAUUAACAAUAAAUAAUGGUAUAAAUUAAAUGGUAUAAUUGUUUUCCAUGUCUUUGUUUAGUUUUGGCGAUUUCAGAUAUAUUCAUUUUUUCUAAUCGUACCCGCUUUGACGUCGUUUCGGGUAGGAUUACAACCAAUUCUACCUGACAUGACGUAAAAGCGGGUAGGAUUAGAAAAAAUGAAUAUAAUGAGGUGUAUUAGUUAUUAAUUGCCCUGCGAGAACAAAGGGAAUACCCGCAAUCAUGAUAUUAUCAAAGUAACAACACAAACAUCAUAUUCAACUUAGUACAUAACACCAACACAGAAAAAAUCAAGAUCCUUACUAGUUGGUCACAACUAUUGUGAUGUACAAGCGUACGAAAACCAGCCUAAAGCCCAUUAUUGCUAAAGUACAAAUAAUACAAUAAUUAUGCAUUUGUUUUGUUAUUUUUGUAAUUGUAACAUUACAAAUUUUACAGAAAAUUUCUAGCCUUCGACCCAGGUUCCCAGAAAGAAAAAAAAUUUUUCCACCCCUGGCCUGGCUAUCAGCUAUCAGCUGAGCAAAAAUUUUUCCACCCCUGGCCUGGCUAUUAGCUAUCAGCUGAGCAGCCUGAGCUGAGCGUGACUCGUGAGUGUUGGCGUAAGCAAGUUCCCCCAGUGUGCGGUGGCGUUUUGAGCGAUUUCAGCCACGCGUGCCAUCGGCACCGAGUAUUCAACAUGUUGAAUAAUUUCAGUCACGAAUGAACAUAUUUCCCCCACGUGUGCGCGCUCGAAAAGCAAUCACCUUUCAUUGUAGAUCGAAUAGGCAUGCGUAAUAAAACAUAAGACAAAAGGAAAAUAAUUAUGAGGAAUAUUCAUUCUGCAAUGAAAGGUGAUAACUUUUCGGGCGCGCACACUUGGAGGACAUAGAGGCCUUACGAUUUUAGGAUGGCAACACGACGGCGACGGCAAAACAAAUUCCUUCAAAUAAAUGGUAGUAAAGAUAGUUUGUCGUAUAUUAUCAAUCGUAUGAAUUUAAUACAGUCUUAGAAGUUGAAGACAUGGGUUUUAUGGUUGGGAAGAGUUCUGCUAAACCCAGUUUGAAGUUGCACUUGUUGUGGCUUGGAAUGCAGCCGUUGUAUCAAGACGUGAAAAUCUGUGAUUUAGCGUUGUAAACAGAGCGAGAACAAUGUCUAAAUUAUUCAUAUAUUGUAAUUACUCAAUUAUUUUCAAUGAUCUAUUUUAUUGGUAGUCGUUGCCGUCGCGUUGCCGUCCUAAAAUCGUAAGUUCUCUACUGUUCAUUCGGGGGGAACUUGCUCGGCGCCAACACGUCAAGCGGUGACGCUCAGCUCGGAUGUAAUUAUUAAGAUGUAAAUAAAAAAGUUUUUGGUAUCGUUCAACAUAUGAAUAUGAUUAUUAGUCCAGUCAGAUCACUAUAAGUACAUGGUCUUGAGCAAAGUAAUCGCAAUAGAUUUUCUUCAGUGGUAAAGUGUGAGAAAAGGUGUUCUGAUUAACAUAUUAAAAAUCCCAAAAAGUUUCUUCGGUGGAACAUGGUAAAAAUCGAGUUGUUCUUACUUCUACCUAUAGAAAACCAUUGCGGACAAAAUGUUGAAAUUUUGAAAUUAUGUUUUUGCAAAUAUAACCUGCAUCAUUGGAAAGCUUAGAAAAAACUAAAAUAUAGAUCAUUAAACGGUUACCUUGCUUUUGCCUAUCCAGCCGAAGUUAUACAAGAUUUAAAAUGCCAUAAAUUUGUAUUUUGUGCAAAUUUUGCGCUAUUUUUCCAUCUUUGAGCUAGAAUAACGACAGACUGGUUAGUAAAUUGAAUAUAACGGUUUAAUUGACCUCUAUAUAGUUCUGUUUAAGCUUUCCAAUAAUGUAGGUUACAUUUGCCUAAAAAUGAUUUCAAAAUUUGAACAUUCUGUCCACAAUGGUUUUCUCUCAAUUUUCACCAUGUUCCACCGAAGGGAUUUUUUGAUUUUUAGUAUGUUAAUCAGGACACCUUCCCUCACAUUUUACCAGUGAAAAAAAUUCUAUUGCAAUUUCUUUGACCUCGAGCUCUGGUCACAGAUUGACUGGACUAUAUGUGCUGAUUAAUUUAACGCAGCGCGUAAAACAGUAACAACUCUACUCUGCAGCCAGUUGAACCAUUUUUAAUCGAAAUGAGUCAAAUGACGGGACUAAUUUCUAAGUCGUUUUAACUUCCAAUUAGAAUUUUCAUGUACAAUUUAUGAUAACAUGCAGCUGAGAUUAGAUUGAAGAAUCAGUAGAAUAUUUAAUUGUUCAAUCAUGGAUUAUUUGUGUUUCAUUUAUAACCACAAUAGAACUGUCAUUAAAUAAUUUUUGUACUAGCAUACUGUAUUUAUAUUUUUGUCUUCUGUGUAAGGACCAGGGGCCGGUUGUAUAAAACUCUUAGGCCCGUUUCAGACGGCGUACUCUUCAUGUGCCGAACUUAAUUGUAUUAGAUGCGACACAAGAACGGCAGUGAUUCAAACGGCGUACCAAAUACAACGUUAUUGACAAGCUUGGGGCGCAUUCGCCAGCGAAACCUAAAUAAAAUUCAAAAUAAAUAAGUUCAUUUUUAGACUAAAGUUGAGUUAAGUUUGGCACAUGAGUGGAGCGGCGUCGCAUAAUGCGACAAGCUCUGCCGAACUUGUGUCGAACUUUUGCCGCUCCAAAUUCUGCCGUACUUAAUUGAUUCAUACGUCGCUCUUCUGCCGUACCUAAUUCAUCAAUUAAGUUCGGCGCAUGAUAAGUACGCCGUCUGAAACGGGCCUAUUAAUCACUUUUUUAAUCACUAUUUUGUACUUAAAUAGUGAUUAACUCUCAAAUAGGCGCUUCUUAUUGGAUGACGUUUGCACUUAAUCAUAGUUAACUUUAAUCACUUUUUUAUACAACCGGCCCCUGUCCUUUUGGAACAAGAUAUGAGGUAAGAUGAUUUCAAAGUAUUGCUUCUAGUACUAGUGAAAUGCAUGAUUCAGCAAAACCACUCAUAGUAG